AUGGUUGUGGAACUGGGCAGAGGCCUGCUUGCCUUGAGCCUGGCCUGGGCAGUUCGUGCAGCAAACUGCCCUGCGCUCUGCACAGCCACUACGGACAACACUGCGUGGCCAUGCCGUUACCAUGCGAGUGGCUGUCAGGUCACCGUGGCAGCCAAUCCUGCCCGAGCCACUUCUCAGGACAUCAACGUCGUGGUGAUCAGCCCUUACAGCGGCGGCCUGGGAGACCUGAUGACUAUGGUGGAGCCCGUCAUCGCAGCGGCCACGCAGGAUGUGGAAAGCAGCACGAUGUUGCCUGGAUUUCGCAUGAACGUGUUUCUGGGUGACUCCAAGUGCACCGUGCCCGAUGCGACGGAAGCAACCAUCGAAGCAUGUUCCAGUGGCCCCACGAAACACGUCAUCAUGUCAGACUCCUGCAGUGCAUCGUGUGAGGCCGUCAAUGAUGCAGCGCGGUAUUUCAAUGUGUUGCAGGUGGGGCCUGGAUGCAUCUCAACAAGCCUGAGCGACUCCUCACGCUAUCCGUAUUUCACGCGCAUGGCACCUUCAUACCGCUUCAACGUAUUGGCAAUCUAUGAGUUCAUGAUGCUCAUGGGCUUUCACAGGGUAGGAGUCAUAUACGGCUACCGCAGCAUCAACAUUCUUGCAAAAGACUUGGUUCUGGAAAUGAUGCAGGACGACGUAGCUGCGGGCCGUUAUAACUGGACCGUACUUUUCACGGCGCAAAUUACGAGCGCAGGCAACGUUCCAGAUGCUCAAAGUGUGACGAUGGAGAUGCAGCGCAAAGACUCCCGAAUUAAUUUCUUGGCAUUGUACCAGAACGAGGGCUCAAUGCUGCUGUGCCGAAGCUACCGCAACAACAUGCUGUCUCCAGACUACAACUUUUUGGUCGCAUCUGGGUGGUGGAACCCGUCCUUUAUCACGGAGCGCGCAGGCGCUAGCGACUGCAACUGCUCGGUGCCGGAGCUGCAUCGCGCAGCCUUUGGUGUCAUCGCCGCAGACCGCGGGCCUAUGUUGAACACUGAGGAUGUUCAUGGCUUAUCAGGCCGCAAACUUGCCGACAUCUACAGCAACUACACGCAGGAUUGUCUCAGCUUCGGGGGUGGCAAGGGGGUCUGCAAUCACCAAUGGGCUGGCUACUUCUAUGAUGGUCUUUGGCUUAUUGCCAGUAUUCUGCACACAUUCUUGAUCGGGUCCAACAGGUCCGUCGCCGACCUGGCCACGAUUGCCUCACGCCAGGCUUUAUAUGACUUCUCACUGCAAGUGGACUUCAUGGGUCUCACCGGGCGCGUGCGGCAGUUCAAUGCAGUGAACCCCACCACGGUGCCAGCUUCUCACGGAGAUCGCGAUGGGGUCAUCCUGCUUCGCCAGGCCGGUGGGCCUCCUGAGAGCAGUUUCAACCAGUUGGCCUACCGCUCUGAGCUGGGGAUGCUUUUUCAGACGGAUGUGCUUUGGAGUCCAGACCCAGCCCACCGAGUAACCUGCCAAAGCGGCACCUGUGACCUUGCAAGCGCUUGGCUGCCCCCAGACCGCAGCAGCAGCUGCCAGCAGGGAAAGGUUUGGAUCAACGAGCUGGGUUGCAGCGAAUGUGAAGCGGGGGAGUUUGCGUCUCCUGGCAUGGCUCAGUGCGAGUCUUGCUUCUUGGGCUACUUCGCCAGUCAGCCUGGGUCAUCAGCCUGCCAGCCAUGCCAGCCCGGAAGCUACUCCCAGGCUUCCGGGGCCACAAGCUGUUCAGCAUGCCAGCCAGGUUAUUUCAGAAACUACUCCGGUGCAACGGACUGUGCAAAGUGUCCGCGGGGCGCGUACUCAUCACUACCAGGUCGUGGCGACUGCCUGCCUUGCCCCCCUGGGCUCACCACCAGCUUCGAGGGGGCCGCGGAGCGCAGCAUGUGUGUGUGCAAUGGAUUCUAUUGGCAGGAGCAAUGCAUCCGAUGCCAGUAUGGAGAGCGUUUUGACAAUGGAGUUUGCGUGACCUGCAACCGCUCCGUCAUUUGUGAUGGAGGUCUGGUUGUCGGCCUUGCUCCUACAGAUGCCGAGUGGGCCAACACCAUCAACAAGGCAGGUCGCCAGCUUACGCUCUCCCAGAAGAUGACCAACGAGUUCUUGCUGGUGGCUUUGGGGAUUGACCCUGACGAGAACACCCGAAAGAUGCAGGCCACCAUAGGCCUGUUCGGUGCCACCCUCCAGGAUUUGAUGCUCGGAAACAGCAGCUCUCAGAUCCUUGCUGCUCCCACGAAAAAUGCAUUAAGCUACCUGCAGAAUCAAGUCCAGCCCGCCUAUGCAGCCAUGGCAUCUUUUUUGAUGGAUAAUGUGGGCACAUCUGCUGGGUCAAAACUUUAUGUGCUGUUUGAGCAGAAUCUGGCCCUCCUCGACAUCUCACAGCAUGUGGUUGACUUAUUCGUGAAGGCUUUUGGGCGUUGGGUUAGUGUAGUGAACCUUUAA